UCCUUUUCCUGUUUAUCUUUUUUCCGACCCGCACCACGUAGGAUGAAAUAUUUCGGCAACGGUCUCUGUUGUGAAAGUUACAGUGUGUUGCUCACAAACAGACAGACAAGCUCAUCCAAAAACACUUUAACAUUGGCGAAGUGAACAGGCGCAUGUCUCGGAUCAGGACCACGCUCGACAGUGUCACCAAGGCAGUCGGCAGCACAGACCUUAUCGCCAAGUUCUCCCGCCUCAAACCUGGUGGUACCGCUGUUGGCAGUACCCAUGCAGAAAAAGUUCUGGUGAAAUCAGAGACCUCCGACAUCGCAGCUACUCCCUCAUCACCUGAAGCAGCCAUGAAAGAAGAGGAGGAAGGUGAGAAGGGCACAGCAGAGAAAGAGUCAGAGAAGCAAGGCAACCAAGUGGGAGAAAUACCUUUUGUUGUCACCAAGAAGUCCACGCCCAGUUUAGCUUCAGCUGCAAAUGUCUCUGCCUUGGGCUCAUCGUCCUCUGUGGCAAAGCAAACCAAGCAGCUUUUCCACCCGACAGCUCUUUCGACCAACAUGGAUGAGACCUACACAUCUCUGGCUCAGCACAUCAACGACUACUUUGGCACAAACACGCAUGGCGAAGACGCGCCUGUUUCUCACCGUGCCACUCCGAGAACAGGGGAGCACAUGCUUAUUUUAUCUCCAGUGGCAGAGGCUAAGCGUAGUGAAGCGCCAACUACCUCUACUGUCCCUCCCUCCCCAUCAGAAACACACAGUUCAGGUGGGACACCCUCCUCUGACACCCCCGCAACAGAAAAUGCACCUCAGGCGAACCCUGUGCCUACUACCUCCACUAAAAAAGGCUUUACCCACUAUCUGUCCUACCCUCGACCCAGUGUUCAGGCUUUUGUUGGCAGCUACAUUACACCACUGGUCCCCAAGUUUAGAAGUGACUCUAAAAGCACUGCAGCUGAGAAAGACAAGGCUUCAUCAGUCGGUGUGGAACAGCCCACUGGUGACAAAGUUGGAGAGAAGAAGACGGCCCCUGAAGAGGAGAAAACGGAUGAAGCGAAGCAACAGCUGUUGACUCAAAGGCAGAAGAUAAUCGUCAGGGUGAGUGUAGACAACAAGACCAGAGCUCUGGUGAAAAGGUUGCACAGGGUCACGGAUGUCAAACUCCUCACUACGCGAGUGGAGGAGCUCAGCUAUCAUCUCCUCGAGUUCCCAGAGACCCGAGGUGUAGCUAUUAAGGAGAGUGUGUUGCCGUGCCUGCUGCGUUUACGCCAGGUCAGCGACGUUCCUCUCCAGGCUGCGGUGAGAGAGUCAUUGGCCCUGGUCGGCUACAGCGAACCAGUCAAAGGCAGAGGAAUUCGCGUCCUGGCCAUAGAUGGUGGAGGAACAAGGGGACUGUUGGCCCUGCAAACUCUACAAAAAUUGCAGGAACUGACCGGAAAACGAAUCCACCAGCUGUUUGACUACAUCUGUGGAGUCAGCACAGGGGCCAUCUUGGCCUUCAUGUUGGGGAUUUAUCAAAUUCCCCUCAAUGAGUGCGAGGAGAUGUACAGGAAGUUGGGCUCGGAUGUGUUCAAGCAGAAUGUGAUCGUUGGAACCGUGAAGAUGGGCUGGAGCCAUGCUUUCUAUGACAGUGAAAUAUGGGAAAACAUCCUCAAGGAACGAAUGGGUGAAGGAUGUAUGAUUGAGAGUUCCAGGGACCCGCACUGCCCAAAAGUGUCAGCAGUGAGCACGAUUGUAAACAGGGGUCUCCCGCUGAAGGCCUAUGUGUUCAGGAACUACAGACUCAUGCCUGGAGUGAGAUCCCACUACCUUGGAGACUGCAAACACAAAAUGUGGCAGGCCAUCAGAGCCUCGUCCGCCGCUCCAGGCUACUUCCAGGAAUUCGUCAUGGGAAAAGACCUUCAUCAGGACGGAGGACUUCUGAUUAACAACCCCACAGCGUUGGCCAUACACGAGUGCAAGUGUCUGUGGCCAAACACCCCUCUGCAGUGUGUGGUGUCUCUGGGCACCGGACGGUACGAGGCGGCGGGCAAGAACAGCACCACCUACACGAGCCUGAAGGACAAGCUCACCAAUGUCAUCAGCAGUGCCACCGAUACUGAGGAGGUGCACACCAUGCUCGACGCCCUCCUGCCCCCCGACUCCUACUUCCGCUUCAACCCCUACAUGAGCGAGGACAUCCCGCUGAACGAGAGUCGCCUCGACAAGCUGAACUUCCUCAAGGACGAGGGCAAGCGCUACCUGCAGCGCAACGAGGCCAAGCUGAGAAAAGCAGCGAGCGUGCUGAGCCAGGAGAAGAGCACCAUUCAGAGACUGGCCGAGUGGGCCCAGCUCAAAUCCGACAUGUACGAGGGUCUCCCCUUUGGCUCUAAGCUGUAGCUGUUGGCAACGGACUGACCUCAAAAGAGUUUUAAAAAGGUAAGCAGACCACGGGUGUGACAGCUCCCAAUGUUGAAAAGGGAUCAUUUACGUUUUUUUUUAAAGCAUCUAGGGAGGAAUUCCGUCAUGAAAUACCAAACGUUUACAUGCUUUGAUCACGAUCCAGCAAACUCGAAGAGAGGAUUCAUAACCAGUCAGUUCUA